GGAGCUACGGGCAAGGAACAAGACAACUACGUCUUCACUUGUCUCUUGUCUCUCGUCUAUCGUCUCUUGUCUCUUGUCUCUUUAAGUCUCUUGACUGCUGACUUCCUGCUCUACCAACCCCUCCUCACUCCUCUUCUCUUCUCGCUGCGCGCGUUACUUACCGCCAUACCUCGGCUCUCCUCACCUAUACCCUCGUUAUCCAAUGCCUUUUCCAUGUCUUUCGUGAACACUACCUCCCCAAUGUUGCCUCGGACGCCCUUAUUUCGAUGGCUGGCAGUCGUUUUCUUCGUCGCCCUCGUCUUCUACUUCCAUCCCAGCUUCACCGGCACCUCUAUCCUCUUAGACUCGACCUCCCCGCCCCAGAUCUCCAAAUCCGGCUCUGACGACCUGACAUAUGUGAGGGAGGUCUUGAGCAAACACAAUAUCGGUCCUACAGUGUCCUACGCUUCACGAACCAUUCGAUACAUCUUUGAUGCCCCUGAUCGACCAUCAAUCACCGAGCUCGAUCAGAACCUAUUUAACAAGCCAUUUGAAGAUAUCAAAAUCACUAAGGUCUCGACCCUGGAAGCAGAUGUCCCACUCGAAGUGCAUGUCAAGCAGUCCCAGCGACCAGAUCAGAUCGAUGCGUCUGCCUUGAUCUUUGGCUGCUCCACCACAUUCCAACGUUUCACCGACCCAAAGACGAGCCCGAUAAGUGAGUGGGCGAGAUGGCUUACAGAUGGCAAUGGACACUCCAACGGAGCAGGAUUGGUCUUGGCCUUGUUCGACACGACUCAAGAGGAGAUCGACCAUGCAGCUGAGAGACUGAAUUCAGUGGGGAUCAAUGCAACGGUCGUCGCAUCCGAUCCUACACUUGACAUGCCAGGACGCUACGUAGCUCUCGUCAACAUGCUAUACAACCACAAUUCACGAGACAACCGCAAAUUCUUUAUCCUCAUGGAUGAUGACACCUUCUUCCCUGCCAUGUCAGAGCUCUUGAACACACUCACUCAUUACGACCCCGCAAAACCAUACUACAUCGGGACCUUUACCGAGCGCGCCCAGUGGCUCCUCGAACACCAGGCCCCCUUUGCUUUUGGUGGCGGAGGCAUCAUCCUCACAGCACCGCUCGCAAAACAGAUCGCAGGACUACCCUGCCUAGAAAAGACCGAGGAUGGCAGGUAUGUCCUUGACAGCGACCAGGGAGAUCGACUCCUGUACAACUGCAUCCACCAACAUACCGAAACCCGACUCACCUACCUCCCGCUCCUACACCAAGAAGAUCAGUUUGGAGACCCGAGCGGAUUCUACGAGUCCGGGACCAUGCCUUUGUCCCUCCACCAUUACAAAUCAUGGCACGCUUUCAUCCCAGGGAAGGCACAUAUUGUGGUAGAUGCGUGUGGUGAAGACUGUCUCCUGCAACGAUGGCAGUUCAAAGACAACUUUAUCCUUUCCAAUGGAUACAGUGUCGCGCAAUAUCCGAAAGGAAUCGAUUUCGAUACCGGACUGAUGGAGGGGACCUUCGAUAUGGGCGGCGAGGAGGAGAUGGCCACGAACGUCGCAUACACCUUUGGCAGUCUACGAAAGAGUCUCAGCGGAACCGGAAGGAAGCGUUCCUGGGAGCUCCUAGAUUCAACGAGAGAGGGAUACGGCCGAGUGAAGCAAAUCUACGUCAAGAGAAAAGACGACGCGCGAUGGCUGGCGGAAGGCGAGGAACAUCCAAAGUACGAUAGUGUUAUCGUGCUUCUAUGGAUCCCUUAGCCAUUUUUGCCCCGCGUUCUUUCUUUUUCUCCUGAUCACGCAUUUCGUCACAGGGAGAUGUAGACAUCUCUCACGAUACUCAAUUCAACUUGUGCGCUAUGGAUGGGACGGCGUUCCGGCGGCAUGCUAGCCAUCUUUCUACCUAUCUUCCUCGGGUGUUCAGGGGCAUCACGUAUGUUAGGUAAUAAUG